UAUCGCUGUGUUUUGUGUUUUGAGUUUUCAGCGCGUGUAUGACCCAAAAAAAGUCGAUCGAUCCCAUCUGAUAAUGGAAACCGACGCUAGCGUCAGUUCGAUGAUCAUGUACGAGGAUGAGUCGGUGGAUGUUCGCUAUGUAAACGGGUCUCAGUUACAACUGUCGCCGUGCGGCAGUGAAUUCAUGCUGGUGAAAUCCACAGACCCCUCCGGCCAUCCUCUGCAGCCCAGAGAGAGAGUCCGACAGAGGACGAGGUUCACCAUCAGCUCAUACAAGGAGCUGAUAGCAGCUGCCUUGGAAUUCAGGAAUAAAUAUGCAAGUCGACCUUAUCUGCCAGAGGAACUUAUCCCUGCUGAACACAAGAAGCCUUUUUUCAGCAUUGACUCCUACGUGCAAUGGCCUGAGUGGUCUUCCUGUGAAGCUGAGCUGGGGCCUGGAGGUGAGACCAUCGUCUGGUCUGAGGAGGGGAGCGCUGCCCUCAUGCUGUCGCCCUCAGGUGAAGAAUUUUCGGUCAAGUUCACGUGUAGCCUCAGUCAGACUCAGUGUUUCAACAGAGAUCCUGCUGAUGGACUGGGCAGUCAGCAGCAAAUCUGUCAGAGCACCAAUAACGAGACCAAAGAGGUUCAUCAGGGAAGAGGAAGUAAAAGGAACGAGUCGGUAAGAUCAAGGUCCUGUUCUCCACGGAUUAUCAGCACCUCUCAGCCAAAGCCACAGGAGAAGUACCAAUCCACCACUGUGGUCCAGCAUCACUCCUGCCUUGCUAAUGCCCCCAUGUGGCGCUACCCUCUCUCCUUGGCUCGCCAUCACUGGACAGCUUGUCUCUCUCAACCUAAAGUUGCCGGAGCAGAGGGAACCGGCAAUUCUGCUCAGGCAGACGGGAAAGUAAACACGUCUGAUGUAUUUAGUGAAGAGAGAAGGUCUCAGCUUCCUCAGGCGCUGCCUGUCACAUGUCCGUCCCCUCACAGACACAGGUGGAAGAUUGUAGACCCCCUGGCCACAAAAGAACAGUCAGAUCAAGACCUUCCAACAGAGCUGGUGAAAGUGAUGUGGUGUCAUGGAGUCACCUACAGGAUACUGAGCGGGGCUGUCUCAGUCAUAGAUGUUUCACCAGGAGAUGGAUCAGUGAUCCGGUCUAAUGGUGUCCUUAACUCUUAUUUUACCCAUUACCAACCUGAACUCCAGUCAGGGCGGGUGAAAGAGAUAUCAUACCAUUUGAAUAGCCUUCCACCGGAUGUAUGCGGACAGGUGUACUCUGUGUGCUCUGUUGUGAGUCGUGCAGGCAGGAUCCUCACUUGCUACAACCAGGCCAAGCAAUCGCUGAAGCUCCCUGCCACGCCCAGCUGCUUGCAAGAGGCCACAGAACACAGGCAUUUUUUGAAACCACAGAUGCUUGAAGAAAACCUGUCCGACCCUACAUCUGCUGACCAUCACAUGAAUGUCACACAGGCAGUCGAAAGUCGGUCAGAUGUUGUAGCUGCAGAACUGGCGAAGAUAAAACGGUUCAACUUUCUUCUAGAGAACAGUCACCUACAAAGUUGUGAGAAAGGAAGUGUGGAGCCGCAAGUUCGUUCUGCAGAAGAGGUGACUCAUGAACCAGUGAAUGAGAGCUCCAUUGCUGAAGCUCUUCAGAGGACAUCCAGAGCCAUUAAGGACAUUGAUGCUCUCAUAUCCACAGCGACACUGACUUGAAAGAGUGCAAGCAAAGUAAUGUAAUAAUGUAAAGCGGUUUUACCAUAAUAUACAGAUACUCAAAUAAACUUUUCUUUAUGUGA